AUGCAGGACCCAGCACUUGGCCCUGUUGAACCUCAGCCCGUUCACCUCCCCGUUCCACCCCCUCUCCGCUCCCUCCGGAGGUGGGGAGGGGGCUUCAAGGCUUCGUGUCUCGCAGGGGAAGGCAAAGUGCUGCUGCUGCUGCUGGCGCUCGGUCUGGCCGUGCAGGGGCCGUGCGCCAACGUGCUGCACAACUUCGCGCGAGCGGCCGAGUCGGUGGCGUGCGGGGCGGAGCUGGCGUUGAAUCAAACGGCCGAGAGGAUGCAGCGUGCGAGGGAACCGCUGCUGAACGUCCUCUCCAAAAUCAAAGACAUCGCCCAGAAAGCCAAAGUGGUCGGCGACCGCGUGCGCAAAUUCUUCCGCGCCAUCAUCGACGGCGUCACCCACGUCGCCCGCGCUCUGCGCAACGUUUGGCUCUGGCUCAGCAACGUGGGCGACGUCUGCAACCGAGAGAUGGGGACCCCCUUCCAGCGCUUGCGCGUCUUCGCCGACGCCAAGGACAACUGCGAGCGCGCGCUCUCCUUCCUCUUCUUCCUCUGCUACAUCAUCAUCACCUUCAGACCCCUCUGCGGCCUCGCCAGCCUCGGACUCCUCUUCUGCAUCGUCCCCAUGUACGUCCAGUCCUUCCUCAGGAGGGUCGUCGCUGAGCCCAUCAACCGAGCUGACCGCCUGCGUCGGGAAUUCGAGUUCAACAUUUCGGCUUCGCAUCACUUCGACGUGAGCCUCAACUCCAGCAAAACCCUGGCAGACGUGGCUGCGGACAUCAUGGAGGCGGUGGGCCGUCGCCUGCAUCCCGCCCGGCAGCUGCUGGGGCUUUCAGCCUACGUCUCCUCCUGCGCCAUCCUCUAUUUGUACCUGCAGGCUCUGCGUUACCGUUACCGCUACCUGAGGGACGAUGCCUUCGACAACAUUUACAUCACGGGGCGAUUCGUCGCCAUGGACGCGCGGAGGGCGCAGAUGGGCCGCCCCACUGUGCUGCCCCUGGGCUGGAGGGAGAGCGGCCGCUACAUCCAACCUGGCACACCAUGGCUGUCCCGGCAGGAGCGGCGGCGCUAUGGUCUGGAGCUGGCCGGGUUCCUGCGCUACGUGCUGCUGGGGCUGAGCCUGGUGCUGGCCGAUUACGGGCUGUUCUGGCUGCUGGACCUCGUGCGGCACCAAAUGCAGGGCGAGAUCGUGGCCAGGGCCCCGGCGGUGCUGGCAGUCAGUGUGGACGGCUCGGGCUACACCAGCGACAUUUACCGCGACGUCGUUUCUGCUUUCGAUGUGCUCCAACGCGGCAACGUCUCGGUGCUGUCGCAGCGCUGCCUCCUGCAACCCGUGGAGCCCGAUUACAACACCUACAUCGGCAUGGGGAUCCUAUAUGGCGUCUGCUUCUUCAUCGCGCUGUGCGGCAGCCACGUGGCGCGGUUGCGGCGCGUCAUUUGUGCCGCCUAUUACCCGGCCCGUGAGCAGGAGCGCACGGUGUUCCUCUAUAACCGCAUCCUGGCCAGGCGCACGGUGUUGGAGCGCGUCCUGCGCCGGGCGGGCCAGGCAGAGCGCGGCCGAUGCGGGGGCAGCAACGUGCUGCUCUGCCUCAGCACCAGGGUGCCCGGCUUCGCCCCACUGCUUCGGCUCCUGGGGCUGCAGCCCAAAUGCUGCCUGGCGUGUGGGGCAGCGCAGCAGGGGGGCCUCAACGCCUGCAUCACCGUUGGCUGCAAAGGGUCGUACUGCAACCAGUGCUACGAAACCCUAAACAACGUCUGCGCCGUGUGCAUGGGGCCGCUGAGCUACGAGGAUGUGGGGGACGAGGAGAUCGACUCCAGCGACGAGGAAACCCCGGAGCUGUGGCUGGGAGCCGUGCGGGCGCUGCGGGGUCAGGAGCAGCAGCAGCUGCGGGAUCAGGGCAGGAAGCUGGAGGAGCGAAUCCGCCGGGUGGCGCGGGGCCGGGGGGGCGGCCGCCGAUUGCAUCCCCGGAUCGCAGCCCGGCUGCGGGCGCAGCUGGAGGAGGAGGAGGAAGAGGAAGAGGAGGAGGAGAGCGGCAGUGAGGACGAUGCGCGCGGGUGAGGGCAGCUCGGCGUCCAGCCUUGAUUUCAGCUACCAGGAGCAGCCCGAGGGCAGCGGCAGCGAGCUGGAGGAGGUGAGGGCUGAGCGGCCGCUGAGGCGGUGAUGGCAGGACGGUGUCACACGGAUGG